CUCAAUUUAGGAAGAAUUACUUCACUAGUUCUCUUGUUUUACAUCUGAAUAGACUGCCAGGAAUGUUCAAACUUCUGCUCUUUUCAGGUCUUUUCGUCUUGUCGCUAUGCCUUCCCAAGGACCUCUCCAGCCAGUCAGACAACAUGGAGUUCUACAGUGACCUGGAGAGCUCACAGUUUCUUCUUACGGACAAGAACUCCAGAACCAGAUCCAACACCCAACCCCCUCAUCACACUUCUGAGAUGAGGAACCGAGUGCCAAGGGCCGUCGAGGAACUGCUCUCUGAUGAGGGCUCGGGCAUGCUGGAAGAGACGACUACAGUUUCCCCAGCAACUGCCCAAGCCGCAGCCACAGAGACAACCACUACCAUGGCAACAACUACAACUACACAGAGUCCAGUCACAACAUCAACAACUACCACAACCACAGUAGCAGCUACAGAGGGUUCAAUCACAACUACCACGGUUGCCCCAACAACAACAACUACCACAACCACUAUUGCCACAACUACUACAGCCACAUCAAGCACCCCUCGCUUCAUCGUUGGAAUCCGUAUGCUGCUGCUCAACGCCUUCAUCUCUGACUACAACAACCCUCAGAGCUCAGCUUAUCAACAGCAGGCUGCUUCAAUUGUCUCUUGGUGUACUCCCAUUUACAGUCAGCGUUAUGGAUCCAUGUUCGUCAGAGUUGUUGUCAUUUCACUGAGGUCCAGUAUUCGUUAUCGUCAGGCCAACACCGAGGCAGAGAUUCAGGUGGAGUUUGACCAGAAUGCCCCUGAGAAUGCCCCAACCAGUUCUGAUGUGGCGCUAGCCAUCCAGCAGGAAGCCUCAAGCACCUCCAACCCCAUUGAUGUGGACAUAAACAAUAUCGAAGUCACCCGUGCCCCUCAGGUGAUGUCCAAUGCUCAGUUCACCACCAGUGAGAAUUUUGUUCUCUCCCUCCUGUCGAUCAACUCCACAUCUUACCGCAACAGGGCUGCCCUCAUCAAGGAGGAGCUUGAGCCAUUUUUCCAUGAGGACUAUUCACCAGACUUCAUCUGCCUCACCCCAGAGACUUUCAGUGUUGGAACCGUGCAAUCUAAUUCCAUUCUGCACCAGUCAGAGCUGCACUUUACCUACAACGCCACCCUGCCCAGCGCCACAGAUGUGUACAACACCAUGCUGAGGGCAGCCAGGAGCGGCAAGCUGAGCAUCAACAUCAUAUCAGUCGAUGGAAAAGAUGUCAGUGCUUCAUCCUCUGGUGACGUCAGCAGCAAGAUCAACCUCUUCACCACCUGCAGCCUGACUCUGCUCUCUCUUCUGCUGAUUCGGCCCUGGUAGAAGCUGCUGAUUGGUCCAUAGCUACUGGCCUUGUCAUUGGUCAGUAGCACCUGCACAUCCUUCUUCAGCUCUGUGCCCUGUCAAAUGUAUGAGGGAAGACUCUGGAACAGAAGAAAUAGAGCGACUGAUGUAACAUGCUUACUACAAGCGUAUAAGGCCUGCUCAAUCAAACCAAUGACAUAGAAGUGUUAAUUCUAUUUUAACUUUGACCAAACUGUGUUUUGGUCUGUUUUAUGCUACAGCACCUUGAAAUACGAGUGUAUACUGUAGGCCUAUUUAACACUUUAUUACACAUGUAAUUGAAGAAUAUCUGAUUUUUUUUGUAUGUUUACAGCUAUUUGUAAGCUAAUGACAGACAGUGUUGUUUUUAAUGAUGGCUGUUAGUUUUGUGUGACUUGAUGCAUAUUACACGUGUGUUUAUGUAUGAACUUAUUUAUUUAUUUAUGAUAAAAAAUGAUGUAUUACCUUCAGUAUUAUUAUACAUGUUAUUGUGAAUGUUAAUUAAUGCACCAUUUAAAUA